AUGCUGACCCUUAACGAACGUGACUUUCCUUUACUCCCCUCUGAAGAGCAAAGGCGAAGGCUCCUCCUUGCGCAUAAAGCUGCAGCGGCAUCACCCUCGAGAAAACAAAACUCGCGUGCGACAAUCAACGACUUACCUGACGAGCUCAUCCUCGCGAUACUGGGGUACUUGUCCGAUGAGGAAAACUCCAAGAAAAAGAUUUUAAAUGCUCUGAGUUUGGCAUGCGCGAGCCGUCGUUUUUACCGAAUUGCAAUCGCAGAGGCUUAUGCGUUGUUCGACCCACACGACUGCAAUGCCUAUCCGUUCCUUCGCACCGUGAUAUUGAACCCGCAACUAGCGGCGCUUGUAAAGCAUGUGAAGAGACUGAUCCAAUUUGACCAUUCUAAUCCGGUGUACGAACCAACAGCGCAGGAUAAGAGGGUGAUCAAAAAAGCUGUACAGGCCCUCGAAAUCCGCCAUUGGAGAAGAUGGGUGGACACAUGCAACAACGACCCUCGAAGUUACGAAGUAAUGACAGCCAUGAUCCUACUAUUUUUACCGAAUAUUCAAACUAUCAGAUACACUGGCUAUGAUCGGUCCGAGUCUCUCCAGGACGCUCCCGACUGGUCAUUCAUGAUGAACGAAGCACUCGGUUGCGAAAAUGGGAAGAUCCAUUGCUUUGAAAAUCUACGAGAAGUCAGGAUCCAUGCACGCGACGUACAAUUGUUUACGAUUGCGCCUUUGUUCAGGCUCCCAUCAUUGCGCAUGCUAGAGUUAAUAGGAGUCCUGGAGUUCCACCGUUCCCGCCGAGGGGAGAACAACGCUAAGACGCUUCGAAAAAUGGUAGACCCAGGGAGAAACAAUAUCGAGACACUUUCUCUAAACGACUGCUUUUACACCAAGAGCUGUUUAGAUUUCCUAGUCUCAACUUCACGGCGUUUAAAGGAGUUUCAAUAUGCCAUGGCUGUGGACAUGGUACCGUGGUUCAAUGGAUCGCCCGUACCUAUUCUUCGCAAGCUGGCCAAAAUUUUGCGACCUCAUCAAACAUCGCUAGAAACUCUUACGAUUUACUGCGAGACGGAAAUAGAACGUAGAAAGCCUGGUCUACUUCACAACCACAGCGGCCUGAGAGAGUUUACAUUGUUAAAAGAACUCCGGUGCCCUCUGGGUACACUGGUAGCAGAAUAUGGUAAAGAGUUUGCAAAGGGAUUACCGCCUUCUCUGGAGAAAUUUCAAACGCGUAUCCGAUCCGACCCAGACGACCGCAAAUACCUUCGUUCAUUAAAACACCUGUUAACUGGCAGGGCUACAUACACACCUAAACUACGUGAGGUUCAGGUGAUUUUACUUUCCUCUGAUCAAAAAUAUCUUGACGAAUGCCUCUGGAAGCACCUCGCUGAACUGGCUCGUGAGGCGGGGAUAAACUUCGAGUAUGAUUUGCUAGAGGAUGAGUUCUAUGGUGGAUAUACUGACUAUGGGAGUAUGUCGAGUUUCUUUGACGAGAAGGACGUAGACAUUGAUGAGUCUGACGAUGAGUCUGACGAUAAUAGUGAAGAUGAAGGUCACAGCAGUGACGAGUUUGAAGACUAUGAAGAAUACGGUGGAAUUGACGGGUAUGGUGGAUAG